UUACCCGGAAGUAUUGUGUAAACAUUGUAACCGGCAGCAGAAUGGCGACACUCAGACGUGCUACAGUAUGUUUUACAUUUAGAAACAUGAUUGUGAUGUUUCUAUGCGUUUCACUUGUAUGUCUGCCGUUUUAUUCUUCAGCCAAGAGAAACGACAGACCUAUAAUAGGUGUCCUGGCUCAAGAGGUUUAUUCACCCAAACCAAAUCAAACAGCUUACAUCGCUGCCUCAUAUGUCAAGUUCCUGGAGUCAGCAGGAGCAAGGGUUGUCCCGGUCAUGAUUAACCAAACACUGGAGGAGUACAAGACACUCUUCAACUCCAUUAACGGGAUCCUUUACCCAGGCGGGGGUGUCAGCAUUAUCUCAUCUGGUUAUGAAAGGGCUGCAAAAAUCUUUUAUGAACUCGCUAUUGAGGCAAACAACAGAGGUGACUACUUUCCUGUGUGGGGCACCUGUCUUGGAUUUGAGCAGCUGACCUAUUUGACAAGUGGAAAGACAGUACUAUCAUAUACCAAUACAAGUGGUGUGCCGUUGCCUCUCGACUUCACUAAUGAAACCAAAGACAGCCGAAUGUUUAAAGGCUUCCCUCCUGAACUCAUGAAAGAUCUGGCUUCUGAGCCGCUGACGGAAAACUCUCACAAGUGGAGUUUGGCUUUGUUGACUUACAACACAAAUGAGGAGCUGAAGAAGUUCUACAAAGUUCUCUCCACAAAUACAGAUGGAAAAACAGAGUUUGUUUCAACAGUGGAAGCGUAUGAUUACCCAAUCUAUGGGACACAGUGGCAUCCAGAAAAAAAUGCAUUUGAAUGGACAAGGCCCUACAUUCCACACACUCCAUCAGCAAUCAAGACCACCUUCUAUAUGGCUGAAUUCUUCGUCAAUGAAGCCAGGAAGAACUUUCACAGCUUUGAGUCUGAAGAGGGGGAGAGGAAAGCGCUCAUAUAUAACUACAAUCCUGUUUACACUGGACACCAGAGUGGCUUCGAGCAAAUCUAUUUUUUCUGAUGCCAUGUUUGCAGAGUGCUUUCCAUAUUCAGCAGCUGAUUGGCUGUCUCAAUCAUGUCGUUUGUGAAUGUUUACAGGUAAUUCUGCUUGUUUGAUUUUGCAUUUGCUGCUGUCUCCAUUUGUUGAAUCUGACCAAACAAUUUGUAAAUUGGAGGAAGGAUAGAUUUAUACAUGCAACAUAAAUCUUAAUGCAGUGCAGGAUUUAAAAAAUGUCAGAUCAUGCUUUGUGGAUGCUGUAGCUGGGUUUACAGCAGAGGAUUAAAUGUUAUUACAGACAGUGCAAAUAGUGACAUUUUAAGGUAUUUUGCCUUGAAGGUUUGAGUGUGUUUGAUUUUGGAUACCUUUCUAACCUUUUUUGCAGAUUUUUUUAAAGUUGCACUGAUCAAUAUAUUUACAGUAGCAAUGGAUCAAAUUACUGUGUGAUGUGAAAGGAGUAGUUCUUAGUGUUGAAACCAAAGGGAAUAAUCACUAAGCACCGCAGUUCCACUCAGUUCUGUGGCGCAUUUCAUCAUUUUUCAGAGCAUUAUUUGGUUUUCAGCCCUGCAAACCUGUGACUUAGUGACUAGCUGUUGAACAUAGCUGAGCAGUUACCAGCUAAAUAGCCAGAAUAUCUCUCAAGAUUUAUGAGAGACCAAAACAGAGCUGAAAAAGAGUUAAUGCUGGACUUAAAUUCAACAGGUGGACUCCAAAUGAAAGCUAAUGUUGUUCUUUGUUUGUGUAAAUAGACAGUUUUUUGCUAUCACGCUAACAACUUUACACCAUCAUAACAUGUAAACAUUGGGUUUGCAAUGUUCACCGCUGCCCCGAAGUGGCCAAAAAAUUAAAAAUAAAAAUUCAGUGAUAAAACAGAUGAGUCAAAAACAUUGAAGGCUGAUAAAAUAUCUAUUUUUUUAUUCUAACAUUUACCUUCAUGCCACAAUCUGCCAUUAUUCUCCAUCUAUGCUUUGGAUAACAAAGUUGAGCAUCUUGAAAAAUUCCCCAACCACUGGCAAGAAAGUUCGAUGUUGCCAUUGGCAUUUAUAAAGUCCACUUUAAACUCAAUUCAAGGACAGCAACAGGAGAACAGAAAUGAAUAGUCAAAUGUAACUUCCAAAAUGCUUUAUGCACAAAUAACACUCAGGUAAUAUUGUUUCUUUUUUCUUUUUAGAAUAAAAUGAUAUUUGAAUAACAUUUACACAUCAAGCUGACGAGACUGGGUUCUCAAUCACAAUACUACUGGAAAUGUAAUUUAUGCAAUCCAGUAAGGAACAUUCAAGAUGUCAAAAUUACCAUGUGAAACUGAUCAGGGAUAGUGCUGCAAAUAACCUCUUAACAUGCACUGAAACAUAGCAACAAAUGGCCAUUCAAAUUAAAAAUAUAAAGAUGACAAACUAAACUUGUGCCUCAGGAAUUGAUCAUUUUGUGUUACGUAUUUGCAUGACUUGGACUCUGAAGCUAACACCAUGUUUUCCCUUAUAUACAAAUGCAUAAUUUCUCAGGGUAUAACACUACUCCUAAUGGCUUCCUGCCUUCAACCUUGUACAAUGUAUUCACUGAUUUAAGCCAAGAGUGACACACCACUUUGAAUAACAAACACUGCGGUUUCUGCACUGGUUAUAAAUUUUCUUCACCUACCAUUCUUAAACGUUAUAAGCGAUGAUGCAUGCAGAUUCUGUACAUUUUAGUUUGGUGUAAAGAUGUCAGUGGGCCCAUUUCCAGAGAAUGGUCAUUUUUUUCUGUGAAACUUCAAAGUCCCUUUACAGUUUCUGAAUCAAGUGCUAGCUGUUUUGUUUCUGAGCUCUUUUGCCUUAGUGGGAAAUGUGCUUAUUCACUUUCUUUUCAAGCGUUAAAUGAAAAGAUUGAUAUCAUCUGAUAAAUAGUAAUUUACAGUCAGGAGAUGAUUUGCAUAGCUUAUCUUAGCAUAAAGACUGGAAGCAGGUGAAAACCAGCUAGCCUGGCUCUGGCAACCACAGGAAGUCAGGGUCAAAAGACAGUCCAGGCUGUAAACCCCUUUGGUUUUUCUCUGGAUUAAUCAAGUUAUAACAUGCUACUUGUAAGCAUCACAGGAGCUUUCUCAGCAGUUUUCUCUGCCUUUGGACAGAGCUUAGCUAGCUCUGUCUCAGUCUUUAUGCUAAGCUAAGCUAAAUGGCUGGUGGCUAUGAAUUCAUAUUUAUCUGACAGACAAGGGAGUGGUAUCAGUCGCAAAUAAGCAUAUUUCCCAAAAUAUCAAACUAAUCCUAGAAAAUUAGGCUUGUUGUUGUUCAUAAAUGCAGUCCCGCAGCAGGAUGUUUUCUGACAAAGUAAGGCACAGUGACUAAAACAAGUUAAUGCUUCUGUUGAAGAACAUUUGUUAAAACCAGAGUAUCACAAUAAAACUGUCUAACAUGAA